AUGGCCCAGACCGACGCUUUGGCGGGGGUUGCCCUGCCCGUCGGCGUACCCGUGGCAGCUGAAGAGUAUGUUUUUCAACCGGAAGCACAAGACCGCCAAACGGUCGAGUUCCCUAAGGAAGGGGAGCUGGUGAUCCUCUACGGUUCAAGGGAAAUGAUUCUUCCUUGUUUGCUGAAGAAGUCCGGAGUCUGCCGAACACGACUUGGAAACUUUGACCAUGCGGAUAUCAUGAAAACGCGCGUAGGACAUAAAGUUUACGAGCGACGCCAGGGGAAGUGGUUGGUGGUGCUGCGCCCCACACCUGACCUUCACACUCUUGCCCUUCGGCACCGGACCCAAAUCAUUUAUCAUGCUGACAUAUCGCUGAUCUUAAGCCUUCUGGAUGUCCGCCCGGGGAAAACUAUUGUUGAAGCAGGAACGGGAUCUGGGUCUCUGUCAUAUUCUUUGGCCAUGGCGCUGCGUCCCGAGGGCCGCCUGUUCACCUUCGAGUUCCACGCGCAACGAUGGCAAGAAGCGCGCGAAGAGUUUAAGCUCCUUGGGAUCGUGAAGGAAGUCCACGCCAUCCAACGCGACGUUUGCGCAGAUGGAUUCUGCUCGCAGCAAGCUCCUGCAGCAACAGCUGAGUCCUCCGGCACAACGGAGAAGGCAGCAAAAAAAGAGCACGAGGGGGAUUUGCCGUUACCACACACCGCGGACGGUGUAUUUCUUGACCUGCCUUCCCCGUGGCUUGCCCUGAAACAUGCCGACGAGGUUCUCAAGGGUGGAGGCCGCUUGGUGACCUUCUCUCCCUGUGUUGAGCAGUUGCAUAAGACCUUCGCAGCAGCGCAGGAGCUGGGCUUCCAGGAUUUUCAAGUAUUUGAGAUCCUUGCUAAACCCUGGGGGGCUUGCAUAUCUCGUCCGCCGUUGGAUCACAAGAAAACCGAGAAGGCAAGGAGAAAACGGGAUGCACCCUCACAGCCGCAACCCGACGGGGAAGAAGAUGGGGAUGCCCAGGAGAAACAAGAUGGCCAGCAACACCCAUCUACGUCAUUCCCUGCUCUCUUGUCUCACUUCUUGCAACGUCCUUUCUCACAGUCUACCAGCUGGUGCAGCGCAGCUGCAGACUCACGUGGAGCGGUGGCAACAGGCUCCUCGGUGGUUUCAUCAGAAACAGAUCUGGAGGAACCGUCACGCAUUAGUAGCUACCACUACCAACUGCCGAUGAAGGGGCAUACAGGAUAUGUUGCUUAUUGCGUCAAGCCCAGCGAGGACGAGUGCUUGCAGCCACUCCCGUGA